AUGGGGGAGAAGAAGAAGAAAGACACAUCAAAUACAACGGUUUGUUUAUCUUUAAAGAAAUCUCUGCACUGCAAAUCAGAGCCGUCGGAUGUACAUGAUCCGACGGUUAAGAAAAAAGGCAGCUCUUGUUGUUUAGAGUCCAUAUCAAAUUUGAAAAAAUGUAUGACCCAUCGGAGCUGCAGGCGGCGGCGGCGGCCACCGGAAAACCCCGCCGCCAACUGUAGCCCAAUAUCCAUCGGAAGCGGCGGCGGUGGCGGUGCAUUUGUGGGGACACGUGGCACAAGAAAUAGUGGAAAUAUUAUUUUCACAGAAAAUGAAUUUUCAGAAAUGUAUACAAAUGGUGAAAAUGGUGGUGCUAAAUGCCACACGUGUGGAGAGCAGUUUGUGAACUGGGAGAAUCUUGAAUCUCAUCAUCUCUCUAAUCAUGCUGAAUAUACUUUCCACGCAGUAACCGAACUCACGGAAGACGAUUCUUCAAGGAAAAUAGUCGAAAUCAUCUGCGGAUCGAGCAAGCUCAAUCCCGAGAGUCGUUGCAUUACAAUAGAAAGGGUCUUGAAAAUUCACAACACGCAAAAAACCCUAACUCGCUUCGAAGACUAUAGGGAGAUGGUGAAAACGAAGGCCAAUGAACACCCCAACAAACAUCCUCGUUGCUUAGCCGAUGGCAACGAACUCAUGAUGUUUUACGGCACCAUUCUAGAAUGUUCUCUAGGCAUCAACGGAUCUUCCGGACUAUGCGCGUCCGGAAGAUGCUGCGUUUGCAUCAUUAUCAGAAACGGAUUCCCCGCGAAAAGGGAAAUCAAAUUAGGUGAUCUAAUGGGAGUUUCCGCGAGGAGGGAAAUCAAAUUAGGUGAUCUAAUGGGAGUUUCCGCGAACACGGAUAUCAAAUUAGGUCAAAUGGGAGUUUUCACGGCUUCAACGAGUGGAAGGGCGUUUGAGUCAAUAGAGAUCGACUGCGAGAACGAGCCUUUGGUGAGAAAAGCAUUGAUCGUGUGUAGGGUUAUUGCCGGGAGGGUUCAUUUGCCUUUGCGGAACAUUCUAGAAAGUUCCAACUUAUACGAUUCGUUGGCCGAUAAAGUAGGUAGUGAUUCGGAAAUCGAGGAGCUUUACUUGCUUAGCCCUAAGGCUCUUCUUCCUUGCUUUGUGGUGGUAUGCAAAGCUUAAAUGAACCCCAAAAUUUGCAAUUCAUCCAAUAUGCUUUAA